UGCGGAAACGGAUCCAUCAUUUGCUUCUAUCAAGCCAUUGGACGUCAAACAAAUUUUGCUGCUCUCAUUAGGGACUGGCACUUCUGCAGAUUUUGCUGGGACAUACACAACAAAGGAGGCAGCUAAUUGGGGUCUUGUUUCCGGGCUAUUUCAUAAUAAUUCGAACCCUCUUAGCGAAAUGUUAUCUGAAGCAAGUAUUAUCAUGAAUGAUUAUUACAUCGCCACCAUCUAUAGCCCUCUUGGUGCUGAAAAGAAUUACCUCAGGAUUGAAAAAACUACAUUAACUGGCACUACUACCGAAAUGGAUAAUGCUACAGAGGCUAAUAUGAACUUAUUGGUACAAAUUGGUGAAAACUUGUUGAAGAAACCAGCUUCCAAUGGGAAUCCUGAAACCAAUGAGGAAGAUCUAAAGAGGUUUGCGAAAUUGCUCUCAGAAAGGAAGAAAAAAGGUGCAAACAAAGCCGACUCAUAA